AUGGCGGCUGCUGCUUCUUCUUGUUCUUCUUCAAUUGCUAAUAACCGCUCAGUUCAUCAUCGUCCCCAAUCUGGAUUUGGGAUUUUGUGGAAGAGGAAGGAGGACGAGAAGGGCUGGCUGGGAAGUCUUGCAGCUGUUCGACAGUUGACUGGGUCACUCACAACUGCUGAGGGUCUCCGCUUUGGCAUUGUGGUGGCUCGCUUCAAUGAAAUUGUCACAAAGCCACUGUUGGAGGGAGCUUUGGACACUUUCAAAAAGUACUCGGUCAAAGAAGAAGAUAUCGAUGUUGUGUGGGUUCCGGGUAGUUUUGAAAUUGGUCUGGUCGCAGAGAAACUUGGGAAGUCAAGAAAGUACCAAGCCAUCUUAUGUAUUGGAGCUGUGAUUAGAGGCGAUACUUCCCAUUAUGAUGCUGUGGCUAAUUCGGCUGCAUCCGGAGUACUGUCUGCAGGCCUUAAUUCUGGUGUUCCAUGCAUAUUUGGUGUUUUGACCUGUGAUGACAUGGAGCAGGCUCUCAAUCGAGCUGGUGAUUGAAAUGGCUUCUUUGUUUGAACACCAUCUGAAAUUUUAGGAAGCAGGUGCUGUCGACCAACAUUAGAGCUUUGUACUGUUGUAAUUCUUCU